CAUGUUUUGUUCAAUUAAAAAUAUCAAUAUAACAUGUGCGUAAUUCAGUACAGUAAACAUUUAGAUACUCGUGUGUAUGUUUAUCCAAUUAUAUUUUUUCCGCAUGAUUAAUUUUUUUCUUACACUAUUUCAUGCACAUUAUAGAACUUCAACGAUAAUUCUUAUUUAUCUUUAAAAUUAAUGUAACUGAACAGAACAUCAAUUUAGAAAAGCGCUUCUAAGUUUGUUUCUUCUCCAGGAGCUUAUUAUUAUUACAAUUCGGAAACGCCUUUUAAUUGUUAACGAGAAUCGUUAAUUUCACCGAUUUCACUCUAGUCACUCUACGAGUUCGGCCAAAGAAGAAAGAAGCAAAAGACUCUCCGAAAUACGCCGGACGGAUCGUUCCCUCGCGGACGGAAGUCCACAGGUUGCCAAACUUUUCGCGUCAGAAAUCCAGCCGUCCGUGCAUUUACCUUACGUCCUCGUGAGGAUGAGGAGCACGGAGGGUGGUUGCGCGGAACGGAAUCUGUGUCGCGCCGGGUCGGUCACGGCCCCACCGCCGUCGCCGGGAUCGCGCGCUCUCAUCAGUGCCCACCCAGCUCCGUUGCUCGGCAGAGGCCGCCGAGCGCCGUCCAUCCACGCGUCUCGUCUCGAAUCGCGCGUCGCGUUUCCGCCGCAGCGGACACUUCCCGCGUUGUUCUUCCUUUUGGGAUCCUCGCGCUUUGUACACUGCCCACACAACCCAAACGUAGGGUCGAUAACCCCGCGAGAAAGCUCAGAGUACAUUACACCUAAUUCGGAGAAGUCUAUGAAUUGUCGCGUUUUCACUCGUCUCGGUACGGAGAUUAUUUUAUCGAAAUGAUUCAAUUUUCUUUCGUUUUACAAGAUUUCAGACGAAUUGCGUAGCAAAAUUGAAUAAAAAUAACGGGAUGAAGUAGAGGUAGUUUUACAGAAAACGCAACGAAACUUAUUAAAUUUAAUAUAAUGCUACUAAAGUUUUUUAAAUUUUCGAUAACGUCACGUUUUUUUUUAUUUACAAAAAUUUAUGUAUCCAAAGAAAUUGGAAGUUUUGUACAUAUAUCUACAGAAUUCCCCUUAAAAAUGUAAAAUGUGGAACUAUCGACUCCGCAAUAUUUUGUAUAUAUUACUCUUUCGUUGCCGAGCAACGUAUAAGGAUACAACAUUCUAAUAUAAUAAAAAUGCACUUUAUUUUCUUGCGAACAAUUAUUGUAAAAAGAUUAUAAGUUUAUAAUAACAUUCAUAUAUUUCUAUUAACAUAUCACAUAUAUUUCUAUUAAUAUUUUAAUUUAUAUUAAUAUACAUUUUGCCAUGAUGACAUUUCAAACUGUUUUGUAAGUCGAAUUGAUUUACACAAAAUUAGGAGACAAGAAAAAACUAUCUGAACACAUUUUCCUUUUUUUUAUCAAUUGAUGCAAAGAUAUUUAUAUUUCCAUAUACUUUUGACCAUUCCUGAUCGCGCUGCGCACGUAAAGAUUUCAGUGACCAAUGAGAAUCUGUGGACCAAUCGAUCUUCUGUGAUAUUUUGUCGAAUAGUUUCACACAAAAAAACAACCAAUGGUGGUGCUUCACCUUUAUUAACGAUUUCAGGCGUGCCGGGAUCAAACAGCAGCAUUCGCCAAGGUAAUCUUGCGGCGCAGCGAUGUUCAAUCUUUAUCAGAGUCUAAACAAGAAGGACGACGGUGAUGGACAGCGGAACCGCGAGUCGGAGGUGACCGGUCACGACAGAUUCUGUCAGCAUCGUACCGGUCAUUCGAGCACUCGUCGCCGUCGUCGCGCCGUCAAUCGCAGGACUCAAAGUGCCACUGACCUGAACGCCAGAGCGAUGAGCACGACACGGGGUUCAUUACGACGGGGUCGCAGCGUAAGCACGGAGGACGACAACGAAAGCGAGGACGACAAGGGCCAUCAGCUGGCAAACAAGCUGAACAAUCUCGCGCGGCUACUCUUCAGUCGCGUGUCAGCGGCGCGAGGAUACAAGGAUCAGGAAGACGUCAAGGACGGCAAUCACAUAGUGGUGGAUAGGAGAUCGAAAUCCCGCAAUCGUGCUUUAUCAAUCUGUAAUGACUACCUGGAGAAAACACCGCGUUUCAUAUUCAUGAAGCAACUCGGCAACAUCGGAUCGAGGAUGGACAAGUACUGGUUUAGGGUGUGCGACAAGUCGCUGAAGACAGCUCGUCUGUUGACUAUGAUGCCGUUAAACCCGAACUGUCCGCUGACUGUCUGCCCCUCCACCAAGGACGUCUUGAACAAUCUGUUCCUGGUCUUACAACAUCCGUACAUCUGUCCUGUCUUUCAUGUUGAUUUUUUCGAGUAUGAGGAUCAGACUUACAUCGUUCUGGUGCAGCCCAUCAAUAAGUGCAGUCUCAAGGAUCUAAUAUAUGACUUCUAUCGGCCUUAUUGGGCCGAAGACUGGAUUCACAAGUAUGCCGCGGGUGGCAAGGGACUCGAACUACCACAAGUGCAACAAAUCGGACGACAGAUAUUAGAAGCGUUGGUGUUCCUGAAGCAACAAGGAUUUCCCACGGUGACUCAUCUCCACUCGGGCAAUGUGGUGAUUCAGGAUGGCGUUGCGAGACUGACCAGUUUGGAGAACACACUUUUAGGUUGCGCCAGUCGCAUACAUCCCGUCGUGACAUCCCAAUUAACAGACGCUAUUUCAAUCGAUAUUAUAUGCUUCGGACACAUGUUAUUCGAAAUGUGCGCUGGCUACGAAUUAUGUACCUUUAGACCAUCUGCCGUCCAGCUAGCAGACAUUGAAGAAAAGUAUCCGCAAGUCGUAAGUUUUCUCGAAUUGAUAUUUACGGAAUCGGAAAAUCAUUUUACCAGCAUAGAGGAGUUGCUGAUACAUGAUCUCUUCAAGAACAUCGAUCUUCGCGAGAUGCAACGCGCGACCGAAACUAGAUUUCGUCCGAUGCCGUCCUUCAUAAAGGAGCUACUCGACGGCAUUAAACGACAAGACGGAAAAGACUGGCAUAAGACACGCUCUAUAAGCGAUGUUCAUUUAACGCGCAGAUUUUGGUAAUAAACGAAUCCAUUAAUUGCGCUAAUUAAUAAGUAUGAGUUUAACUGAAGGAGCAAUAUACGCGAGCGUUUAAUUUUCUUUUUUCAGAAUUACGAGUAUCGACAGCAAGGAUUCUGGUACUUUGUCCUUUGAAGGACGGAAAACCAUUGGGCAAGAAGAAGACAGCAAGGAUUCUGGUACUUUGUCCUUUGAAGGACGGAAAACCAUUGGGCAAGAAGACAGCAAG